GAGGAAAGAGAAGCUGCAUCCACACAGGUCACGCAGUACCCAGGGUGGCUUGGCUGUUUGACUCCCUGGUGAUGCUGCUCCUGCUGACGCUGCUGGGGGCUGCCCUGCUGGGGGCUGCCCUGCUCACCUGGCGGCACGCUCCAGCCCGGAACAGGAUCCCCAGGGCCCAGAAGCGGAGGGCCAUAGCGCUGCAGAAGAUGGAGGCCCUGGCCCAGCGGCUCCGGCAGCAGGAGCCGGACCUAGACCCCAAGCCAAUUCUGGAGCUGCCCCUGGCAGAGCUGGCCCAGAGGCUUCGGACUGAAGAGCUGAGUCUGGAGAGUGUCCUCUGCAGCUACUUAGAGCAGGCACUGAAGGCGCACCAGGAGGUGAACUGCCUGACGGAUUUCCUGGGGGAAUGUGAGGAGCAACUGCAGGAGUUGAAGAAGCUUAAGAAGAGUGAGAGAGGCCUUCUUUAUGGGGUCCCCAUGAGCCUCAAGGACCCCUAUGACUGCACGGGACAUGACUCUACGUGUGGCCUGGCCCAGUUCCUGGAGAAGCCUGCAACCAAGGACGGGGUCAUUGUGAAAGUGCUCAAGGCCCAAGGAGCCAUCCCCUUUGUUAAGACCAACAUCCCACAGACACUGCUCAGCUUGGAAUGCAGCAACCCCAUCUAUGGCCAGACCUUGAACCCACUGAACUUAAAGAAGACAUGUGGUGGCUCCUCAGGGGGUGAGGCAGCUCUGCUAGCAGAAAGGGGGUCCAUCCUAGGCAUGGGAACUGACACAGGCGGCAGCAUCCGCAUACCAGCCAGCUUCUGUGGUGUCUACGGCCUCCGCACCACAGGUUCCCGCCUCAGCUACACUGGAGUUGCCUCUGCCAUCAAGGGGAAGAAAUCGGUGAGCACGGUGGCUGGCCCCAUGGCCCGGGAUGUGGAGAGCCUGGCGCUGUGCCUGCGAGCCCUGCUAAGUGAAGACAUGCACCGACUGGACCCCACUGUGCCCUGGACGCCCUUCAGGGAGGAGGUUUACACCAGUAACCGGCCCCUUCGAAUCGGCUACUAUGAAUCAGAUGGUUACACGCAGCCUUCGCCUAGCAUGGCCAGGGCUGUGCAGCUCACCUGCCGGCUACUCCAGGAUGCAGGACACCAGGUUAUCCCCUUCUCCAUCCCCCGGCCAGCAUACGCCAUCAAACACUUGUUCACAGGGGGGCUGUUUGCUGAUGGAGGGGCCACUCUUCUAGAGAAACUAGACGGGGACAUUGUGGAUCCCAUCAUCAAGGGCCUAGUCAACCAGCUCCGCCUGCCAGACCCCAUCAAGGGCUUCUUGUCCUGGAUCCUGAUGUACAUUUAUCCCCGAACUAGCCAGCAAUUUGAAGAGAUUCGUGGAGUGGGGACACCCAAGAAACUGUGGGAGCAGCACACAGCAGUGGAGGAAUAUCAGCAAGAGUUCAUAGCCAAGUGGAGGUCCCUGGACUUGGAUGUGCUGCUGACGCCAGUUGUAGCCCCUGCCUUCUGUAUAGGUUGUUUCUCCCAAUCACCAGAAUGCCAGUCCUACGUGAGCCUGUACAACGUCCUGGACUUUCCCGUAGGCGUAGUGCCUGUUACUACUGUGACACCACAGGACGAGGAGGAGCUGGCCUUCUACAAGGGGUACUACGGAGAUAGUUCUGACAAACAUUUCCCAGAGGUGAUGAGUGGAUCCGUGGGACUUCCAGUGGCUGUGCAGUGCAUUGCUUUGCCAUGGGAAGAUGAGCUGUGUCUCCGGUUCAUGAAGGAGGUGGAUACCUUGGUCAAGAACCAGAGGGGGCCCAAGUGACAGGCUCCUGGAAUGGAGUAACAGCUCAAGAAACAUGGGGCUGAUUGUGGUGGUUCGUACCUGUAAUCCCAGCAGGUCGGGAGGCAGAGGCUGGCAGAUUGCUUGAGGCCACGAGUUUGAGACCAACCUGGGCAACAUAGCGAGACCUUGUUUCUAAAAUAUUUUCUUGGUGUUAUUCUAGUAGACCUUCCUAGACCCUUAUCCAAGUGUGCUCCUGAUGCCCUUUCCUUCUCAUGAAUACCAUGUCCACCUAUGUCUCCUCCUUCUGGAACCCCACCAGGUUCAUUUUCUUUGUGGUCCCUCUGUGUGGGUGCUCAAUACUCCUCAGAUGGGCCCAAGAUAGGGAGCAGGGUGAGGAGCUCAAUAAACAUUUUCUGACUAG